AUGGGGCUGGUACUUGAGAAGCAAGAUUUAGCUACAAAGGCAAAUGUGAAUGUUAUGGAUGAGUUGUCAAGCAUAAAGAAGCAACUUCUACAAGGAUUUUUACCUGAUGAUGAUUAUCCUUUGGGAGGUCCUUUGUUCAUGGAUACACCCCGACCUUGUUCUCCACUUGCCAAGAUUGAGUUUCAGGCUUUUGAAGAGAUCAUGGCUCCAGCUGCCUUAACAGAUGAAGAAGCCUUUCCUGAUCCAAGUGGAAGUCAAUCAGGUCGCAAAACAUCUCUCUCCAUCACCUCACUUGACAUUCUGGGUGUUAACCAGCUCUUAGAAUCAGUAAUGGAAACAGCACGGCAAGUUGCAAGCUUCCCAGUAUCCUCAACACCGAUACCCUAUGAUCAGGUCAGGAAUCAGUGUGAAGCCCUUGUAACUGGUAAACAGCAGAAGAUGUCGGUCCUUCAAAGUUUUAAGCAGCAACAGGAAGCCAAGGCGAUACUUCUCUCCAGUGAAAAUGGAAAGAAAAGCCCUAUUUUACAAAACAUGACGAUGGAGCUCUCAAACGGAGAUUUGAAAUUACCAAACAUGGACCCAAUUCCGGGAAGGAAUCAACUGCAUUGUUCAUACAAGUUUGGACAGCAACAGUCUUUCAGACUACCACCUUCAAGCCCCUACGACAAAUUCUUGAAAGCAGCUGGAUGCUGA